CCCGUGCGGGCGGGAGAGUCGGAAAAGAGCGAGCUGUGUAGCGCCGGAGCAAUGGCCGCGUUCCCCGGUGUUAGCGGCAGCUGCGGACUCGCGUGGCCGCGCUCGCCGCCCGCUUCGGCUCUGGGUUGGGAACCGAUGCUGGGGCUCCAGAUCCGUUCGCGCUCGGUGGAGCAGACCCUGGUACCGCUCGUGGCGCAGAUAACAACUCUGAUUAACCAUAAGGAUAAACCAAAGAAGUCGGAUAAGACAUUGAAAGCAGUCCAACAGGUGGGCCAAGCGGUUAAACUAGCUGUUGGAAAAUUUGUCAUGGUGGGUGAAGCCAUAGCCAAUGAAAACCAAGAGCUGAAAGAAGAAAUGAAGGCAGCCUGCACUGAAGCGAAGCAAGCAGGUGAGACCAUUGCACAGCUCACAGACAUUGCAACCUUGGAUCGUCCAGAAUCUGAUGGCCAGAUAACAAUUUUUACAGACAAAACAGGAGUGAUAAAGGCUGCAAGGCUCUUGCUUUCCUCAGUUACAAAAGUAUUGGUUUUGGCUGACAUAAUAAUUAUUAAGCAAAUUAUAGCUUCUAGAAACAAGGUCCUUAUGACAAUGGAUCAAUUAGAGAAAGUGAGCAGUUUUCAGGAAUUUGUGCAAAUAUUCAGUCAGUUUGGAAAUGAAAUGGUGGAAUUUGCCCAUUUAACUGGAGAGCGACAAAAUGAUCUGAAAGAUGAAAAGAAGAAAGCUAAAAUGGCAGCUGCUAGAUCUGUUCUUGAGAAAUGUACCAUGAUGCUUCUCACUGCUUCCAAGACCUGUUUAAGGCAUCCUGAUUGUGAAUCUGCCCGUGUUAACAAAGGAGCAGUCUUCCACAGAAUGAGAAUAGCUUUGGAACAGGUUAUAGAGAUUGUAGCAGACACUCGGCCCAAUGGAGAAAAUGAAUCAGGCCCAAUGAGCAUUUAUACUGGCAUCAAGGAAUUCAAGAAUAAAGUGGAAGGUCUGCGAGAAAACCUUUAUCUUCUGCCAAAGGAGAAUCUUAGAGCAUUGCUGCGUCUUGUCCUUGAACUCACAGAAGAUUUUACUGAUUCUGCUUAUACAAGCCAUGAAACACGGGGACGCAUCUUGGAACUCUCCAAGCAAGCAAAGAUUGAAUUGGAGCAGUUGGUGUCAGCCUGGAUCAGUGCUCAAAAUCAGAAGAAAAGAGAUGUCACAGAGGACUUGGAAAUAUCCAUUCUAAAGACGUGCCAGUGCAUGAAUGAGCUUCAAAGAGAGCUCCAGAUUGCAGCAAUAUCUGUCGCAGCAGACUUGAUAAAGUUUCAUUCUGAUCACCUUGUUUUGAAAGCGCUGAAAGCCUCUGGAGCAGAAGGAAAUAUAGAAGCUAUUGCAGAGCAUAGCUAUAAGCUGUCUGAACAGAAAGACCAAUUGAUCGAAAUGUGCCAUCUAUUGAGACAUGUCUCUGGAACAGAGCCACUUGAAAUUACUUGUCUCCAUGCAGAAGAUACUUUUCAUGUGACUGGGCCUCAGAUAAUUUCUGCUGCUGAAACUCUGACAUUGCAUCCUUCCAGUAAAAUUGCAAAAGAAAAUCUGGAUGUAUUCUGUGAGGCUUGGGAAUCUCAGCUGAAUGACAUGUCCUUGCUCUUAAGAGAAAUCAGUGAUGUGUUUGAAGGAAGACGAGGGGAGAAGCGUGCAUACUUGUCACUACCCAAACCAGGGAAGCAUAAUGCAAACUUAAAAGCCUUAAAGCCAGCCAGACUUGAUAAUGAGGAGCAAACAAAAUUUGGAAAAUCAGGUUUAGAACUUCAUAAGCUAACAACGCGGGUUGAUUCUGAAAUGGAGAAAUGGGAAGACCCAGAAAAUGAGAUUAUAAGAUAUGGACAAGGUCUAUCCAGUAUGGCUUACUCCAUGUAUUUAUUUACAAGAGGGGAAGGACUGCUGAAAAUUACCCAAGACUUAUUCCACCAGGCAGAGGCCUUUGCUACAGAAGGAUUAAAACUUACUUCAGCUCUCCAUAUAUUUUCCUAUCAGCUUGAAGAUGACGACAAACCACUGCUUCUGCAGGAGAUUGAGAGGAUGGUCUCUGCAUGUCAGCAACUUCAGGUCACAGCCAAAGCCCCCGCGCAGGGUAAAACUGCAACUUAUCUAAAAGUGGAUACCUGUAUUCAGAAAGCGAAGUAUAUUUUGGAUAUACUUUCCCAAGUUCUGCCACUUAGCUUCAGGUUACAUAGACAGCACAAAGCAGGAAAUGGGUAUCUAAUGGCCCACUGUUCUUGGAAUGGCCAGCAUGCAGCAUCAAGAGAAAACAGUGGUCUGGCUGGGAGGACUAACACUUUUGGAAUCAAAUCCUUGGAACAACAUGUAGCAAGCCUCACUGUAUUGGAGAAUAAAUGAAUUGAAGAUGGACAAAUUUCUAUGUUGGAUUUGUACUUUUAAAUUUCUCCUAAUUGCUUUCUUUUGAGAAAGGUAAAAUCGGGUUAGAAAAAGCUGAUGUAAUCUUUUCACAUCUAAUAGAUGUCAUGGUACUUAGCAAUUAGCAAAAGGAACAGUCAGAUUUAAUGGCUGCAUAUUUUUGUAUGGUGAAUAACUUUUGGUUCACUAUUAAUACUGCUAUUUUUGUAAUCACGUACAUUAUGAAUGUCUUACUCUUCAAACCCCAAAGAUGCUGCUUUGAAUGUUCACGCAGAUGAUCUGGAUAAUAUCAGAUAAGCUACAUGGAAAACUACUGGUGGUGGUUGCUGCUGCUGUCCUUUAUUUGUUUAACAGCCCUCACUAAUGUGAUCCUUGCCAAUUUUAUUUGCUGGGGAAGUCCGUUUUGAAAAAAGCUUAACUGGCUGAGUAGCUGCUCAGUCUUUGCCUCUUAAAGUGACUUGCCAAGAAAUUAUGUUGCCAUAGAUAACUACAUUUGUCUCCAGGUGGGCAAGGAAGGUGAGGAAGAGUACUAAGAGAGACGCUGUCCAAGAAAUCCACGUUGCUGCUACUGGAUACAUAAGUUACAAUAAAACUUUAAUUAUGAUAAUUUUAUUUUCAUUUUUAAACAGUUUUAGCAAUAUUUAAAAUUAAAGAUCAGUAACAGCAUUAAUAAAAUCCACUAUAUUGAAAAGCUUGCUUUUAUCUUAUUCCCUUUUAUCUAUAUUUUUAUAUACAAUCUUUAUAGCACUAUCUAAAGAAUCUUUUCAGAAAUAGUUCUUCUAUAACCAGUCAGACCUAAUUCCCUAAUAAAUGUGAUUGUAUUUACAGCCUUAAACAUGAAAGCUUGAGCUUUCAUUUUUAGCAUGUUACAGGAAAGCUUAAGACUGAUCAUUCAAAAAAGUUUUAGCUAUUAAAAAUACUUACUUCAAAGAGGGCAUUACCUACUUUGCCAGUUCUUUUCCAAGCUUGCUUGAGAUCUGUAUAUUUUAAUGGUUUUAUGUUUCAGAUUGUAAUGUUAUAAUUGAAGAACUCCUUGCCGGUCUUAAGUACUAUAAACUGAGUAUGUUUGAAAAUUAUAUAACUAAUAAAUUACUCCUGUGUCCUUUACAUUUUGCUAAGAAGACAACUUGAAGUCACAAGCUAAUACAUGAUUCUCAAUCAUAUUUGACUGUAUCAUGCAAUGCAGGGAUUGGGAGGCAGAAAAAGAUAAGCAAGCAUUUCUAACCUCCUUACC